UUUGACUGAAUGACUAGUAGAUCUCUUCCCUAUUUAAUCAUGUUUUAGGUUCCAUAGUUCAUGGCACUUUCAUGAUUUCUAUCCUUUCUCGUCAGACCGUCUUUUACAAGAAUUUGUAUGCAUACUCGGUUAUAUUCGGUUCUCGUGUUUGGUGUUUCCCCAUUUAUGUUUGCUUGUGAAGUUUGAAGUGUGUAAUCAUCUAGGAUUUAAGUAGUUUAGGUUAGGUUCUUCUUCAUAUAUCAUUUGGUAUUUCAGGGUAAAUAACCAAGUCCUAGAAAGAUGAAAUUUAAGGAUGGAAAGCCGAUUUCUCACCCUGAUAAAGGCGUGAAGAUCGUUCCUUUAUCUUUCAUCAUUGUUCUGUUAUGUGGGAUAUCGUUCUAUCUAGGAGGGGUGUUCAACAACAUUGAUGCUAAAGAUAUCACAGAUGUUGUUAUGAAAACAGAACAGACACCAAAGACGAAAUCAGUAGUUUCACCUCUACAGAUCAAGUCUGUUUCCUUCCCUGAUUGUGGUGUUGAGUAUCAAGACUACACUCCCUGCACAGAUCCAAGGAGAUGGAAGAAGUAUGGUUAUAAACGGCUUAUUUUCUUGGAACGACAUUGUCCACCGAUAUUUGAAAGAAAGGAGUGUUUAGUGCCUCCACCUGAGGGGUACAAAUUGCCAAUCAGAUGGCCUAAGAGCAAGAAGGAGUGUUGGUACAGAAAUGUGCCAUAUGAUUGGAUCAACAAGCAGAAGUCGAAUCAGCAUUGGUUGAGGAAAGAAGGAGAAAAAUUCUUCUUCCCUGGCGGAGGCACGAUGUUUCCAAAGGGUGUUAGUCAUUAUGUUGAUCUUAUGGAAGAUUUGCUUCCUCAAUUGAAAGACGGAACUAUUCGUACUGCUAUUGACACCGGCUGUGGGGUUGCUAGUUGGGGAGGCGAUUUGCUGGAUCGAGGAAUUCUUACUGUUUCUUUAGCUCCAAGGGAUAACCAUGAGGCACAAGUUCAAUUUGCUCUAGAACGUGGUAUUCCUGCAAUUCUAGGAGUCAUUUCAACACAACGGCUUCCUUUCCCUUCAAAUUCGUUUGAUAUGGCUCAUUGCUCAAGAUGCCUUAUUCCCUGGACAGAGUUUGGUGGAGUCUAUCUCAUGGAAAUUCACCGCAUACUUCGGCCAGGAGGAUUUUGGGUUCUUUCAGGACCUCCUGUGAACUACGAGAACCGUUGGAGAGGGUGGAAUACCACUGUAGAUGAACAAAGAUCAGACUAUGAGAAACUACAAGAGUUGCUUACUUCUAUGUGCUUCAAACUAUUCAGCAAAAAGGAUGAUAUUGCUGUGUGGCGUAAAGCUUCUGACAAUAGCUGCUACGAUGAUAAGCUUGCUAGUCCCGAUGCUUACCCCCCUAAAUGUGAUGACAGUGUUGAGCCUGAUUCAGCUUGGUACACCCCACUCCGCUCAUGCGUGACAGUGCCGAGCCCCAAACUCAAGAAAUUGAGUCUGAAAUCCAUUUCAAAGUGGCCACAACGUUUGAGCGUUGCACCAGAUCGUCUCUCUGAAGUUCCUAGUGGAAAUGCCGGUACUUUCAAGCAUGAUGAAGGCAAGUGGAAGGUCAGAGUUAAGCAUUACAAGAAGUUGGUAUCGGCUAUUGGAAGUGACAAGAUAAGGAAUGUUAUGGAUAUGAAUACAAUGUAUGGGGGUUUUGCAGCUCAACUUAUUGAGGAUCCUGUUUGGGUUAUGAAUGUGGUUUCCUCUUAUGGUGCGAAUACAUUGCCUGUGGUUUAUGAUCGGGGUCUCAUUGGAGCUUAUCAUGACUGGUGCGAGCCAUUCUCUACCUAUCCAAGAACAUAUGAUCUUCUUCACGCGGAUGGCCUCUUUACUGCUGAAAGCCACAGGUGUGAUAUGAAGUACGUGCUCUUGGAAAUGGAUCGACUUCUUCGACCAAGUGGGUACGCUAUCAUUCGGGAAAACAGCUACUUUGUAGAUUCUGUUAGUACAAUUGCCAAGGGGAUGAAAUGGGAAUGUCGCAAGGAAGAAACCGGUUAUAACAGUGAAAACGAAAAGAUAUUAAUUUGCCAGAAGAAACUCUGGUACUCCAAACAGAGUUCAAGAUGACAAACUAUUAAUAACAGCUCCCUCGAAAUCAAGAAGAAGGCUCAUCGAGUUUCCAGUUCAGUGUUACUGUGAUGUGAGUGAUUUAUAGAAAUAUCAAGAGCAACACAGGUAAAAGGAAAGACAAAUCAUAUAUAAGGCGAUUCUUUAUGCCGUUACCAGAAAGGAAACUGCACCUUCUGUCUAAUUCAAUUAUAGAAGUAGAAGAAGAAAUCAAAGGUUUAUAUAGAAGAAAAUCAGAAGGGUGCCAUACUGAAAUUUCAUGGAAUUCUUAAGGAAUAGUAGAAAACAAUAAGAUAAUUAUUUUUGUAGUUAAUGAAUUUUUCGAUUUUUUCUUAUUAUCAAGUUAUAUACAUGGUUCUUUUAAGUUUGUAUUUAUUAAUCAAUAGCCAGGACUUAUGAAUUUUGUGCACAUGAUUUAUGAUUAUAUGAAAAUGUGCUGAGAUUUUACACCAUAA